CGUAUAUGGGGUUGAUCUGGCCUAAGGAUGAACUAACUAUACAUGGCCGGACUCAGAAACAAUCCUUCCCUUCUCUCCUUCUUUCUUCUUCUUCAAUUCCCCAUUUGCUUCUCAAGCAAAGCAUCCAUCUCCUACCAUUCUAUUCAUUCCUCAGUUCGUAUAUAUAGAAAUCCUUAUGGAGGAACCCUUCUUCAGCACAAUAAAUUUACAUUCCCCGAAUAUCAAUUUUCAAAUCAAACCCAAAAAAUAUAUUCCUGAUCAUAUUGACAAGAAUAAAUGGCCUCUUCAGAAACAGCUGUGGGCAGUAUACCAAGCGCCAAUAAGUAUACGAAUAGGGUCAUAUUGAAAACUAUAUUUGAACGGGGAGAUGGUGGAUUGAGCUAUGUUGGGCAGAGAGUCGUCAUUGGAGGGUGGGUUAGGUCUUCCAAGGAGAGAAAGAAGGAGACUGACCUUCACCCGGUUGCGGGGAGUGAAGGUGUGAGCUGUGUGGAAGUUCUUCUAUCCAGUUUCCCGCUAAUCUGGUCAAUCAUUAAGGUUUUUAGAGGAGAAGGACAUUCCCAGAUUCUUGAGAAUCCGAAUUCGGAUGGAGUAAAACGGCCGCCCCCAUCAUUUAUGAUUUUGAAAGUCAGCGAUGGCUCCUCUGUAAACAUUCUUCGGGUUGCGGUGGACUCUGAGCUGGCAAUUCCUUCCCAAAUCAUGCCUACUGGAACGUGCAUACUAGCAGAAGGUAUAUUGCAGCAGCGAGCAUCGAAGGGAAAACAUGCUAUUGAACUGAAAGUAGACAAAGUUCUGCAUCUUGGGACCGUUGACCAGAUUAACUAUCCACUGUCGAAGAAACCCUUGCCCUUGACGCUUUUAAGGGAUUGGCCUCACUUCCGACCAAGAACUACAACGGUGGCAUCUGUUAUGCGAAUACGUGAUGCUAUUACUCAAGCAUUUCAUACCUUCUUCCAAGAUAAUGAUUUUGUGUAUGUACACAUGCCCACAAUUACUAACACCAGUAUAAGCGGAUUAAGCAAGGAAUUUAUAGUCACAACUCAACCACUAACCAAUAACGCUGAUAGUGGUGCCCUUAGUCUAGAAGGUUUUCAUGCUUCCUUCAAAGAAAUAUCGAAAGAAGUAGAAGAACUUGAAAAAAGUGAAAACAACAAGGAAACCGUUGUUGCCAAAAAGCAGGAGCUGGAGGAAAUAAAGGAACUUUUAUCACGUUUGGAAGCUAAGAUAAAAAGAUCGCAUCGAAAAGGAGAUAAGAGAUAUUUGACUGGUUCUGGCCGCCUUCACCUAGAGAGUCAAGCAUGUGCACUUGGAAAGGUUUAUACAUCUGGUCCCAGGUUUCAAGUGCAAAAAUCAGAGUCGAAAACAUCCUUACCAGAGAUGUUGAUGGUUGAAACUGAAAUGGCUUUCUCUAAAUUAGUGGAUGCCAUGAACUGCGCAGAUGACCUCUUAAAGUUUAUAUGCAAAUCAGUUCUAGAAAAUUCAACUCAAGAUGUGAAAUUUCUCUUGAAACGACUUGAUAAAAGUAUUACGGAUCGCCUCAAGUUCAUGACAUCAUGUUCACUUGAAAGAAUUUCUUAUUCAGAUGCCGUUAAGGUUUUAAAACAGGCCACUGAAAAGAAAUUUGGAAAAACUGUAGAAUGGGGAGUUCCACUAAGUGAUGAACACACCAGAUAUCUGGUGGAUGAAAUCUAUAAAAGGCCAAUCAUUAUAUACGACCAUCCAAAAAAAUUGAAACCUUUCAAUGUGCGUCUGAAUGAUGAUGCAGAAACAGUUGCAGCAUUUGAUAUAGUUUUGCCAAAGGUUGGAACUGUGAUUAGUGGAAGCCAAAGUGAGGAACGGUUGAAGACUCUGAGCUCUAGGAUAGAGGAGGUUGGGUUGCCUAAACAACACUAUGAGUGGUACUUGGAUCUUCGAAGAUAUGGUACAGUGGAGCAUUCCGGUUUUAGUCUAAUGUUUGACUCUCUUGUUCUCUUUGCCACUGGGAUCAAUAAUAUCCUAGAUGUUGUUCCCUUCCCUGUAAUUCCUAGCAAAACCAGUGCUUAGUAUUUCCUGGAAGGAAACUCCCCAACAUGAGAAGUUAUUCUGCUAUUGUCAGAGUAGUUCCUCUGCAACAUACUACUAUAGUACCAUGUGCACAUAUAACAAUGGUUUCACGUUUGAGAAAACAUUGUAGAGAAGAAAUGUUGUUAAAAGUCGUGAACAUUAGAUACAAUUAUACAAAUGUAAUUAUAUAUGUAUGCAUCACUCAUCUAAAGAAAUAGUUUAUCUUUAUCCA